CAGUGCUGAUAGAGCUGCCGCUGGUGUCACACAGGGAGCUGUGUUACUGUUUUCUCCACGAGCCUGGAUUAUAACUAUGUAUUUUGUCAUUUCUGCCAUGAAAGCUCAGAUUGAAAUAAUCCCCUGUAAGAUUUGUGGAGAUAAAUCAUCAGGGAUCCACUACGGGGUCAUCACCUGUGAAGGCUGUAAGGGUUUCUUCAGGCGUAGUCAGCAGAGUAACGCCACCUACUCGUGUCCUCGCCAGAAAAACUGUCUGAUCGACCGAACGAGCCGAAACCGCUGCCAGCACUGCCGUCUGCAGAAAUGUCUCUCUGUGGGCAUGUCCCGAGACGCUGUAAAGUUUGGUCGCAUGUCUAAAAAGCAGCGGGACAGUCUGUACGCGGAGGUGCAGAAGCACCGCCUCCAGCAGCAGCAGCAACAAGGUCACCACCUCUUGUCCCAUCCCAGCCUCGGCAGCCCGAGUCCAGUCGAGUCCGAGUCGCUGUCCUCUCACUACACCCUGUCCUCCACCGGCCUCACAGAGCUGCCUGAUGAGGGGGGGCACUACGUGGAACAGAACUCGCCUGAAGGCGGAUCUUUGUCAUCUAAGGGAGACUCUGCAGGAGGAGGGGAAGGAGGUGGUGGGGGGUUCUACUUGGAUAUCCAGCCGUCUCCGGAUCAAUCCGGACUUGAUAUUAAUGGCAUCAAACCGGAGCCCCUGUGCGACUAUGGAUCCAGUAACGGCUUUUUUUCAUAUUGCUCCUUCAGCAACAGAGACGUGCCACCCACGGUGCCCAUGGCUGAGCUCGAUCACUUGGCCCAGAUCGUCUCCAAGUCUCACCUGGAGACAUGUCAGUACCUCAGGGAGGAGCUGCAGCAGAUGAGCUGGCAGAGCUUCCUUCAGGAUGAGGUGGAAAGCUACCAGAACAAGCCUCAGGAGGUGAUGUGGCAGCUCUGUGCUGUGAAGAUCACAGAGGCCAUUCAGUAUGUGGUGGAGUUUGCUAAACGCAUCGACGGCUUCAUGGAUCUGUGCCAGAAUGACCAGAUCGUACUGCUGAAAGCUGGCUCUCUGGAGGUCGUCUUUCUACGAAUGUGCCGAGUGUUCGACUCGCAGAACAACACUGUCUUCUUCGAUGGGAAGUUUGCAGGUCCUGAAGUCUUCAAAGCUUUAGGCUGUGAUGAUUUCAUCACGGCGGUGUUCGACUUUGCUAAGAGCAUGUGCUCGCUGCACCUAUCAGAGGACGAGCUUGCUCUCUUCUCAGCGUUCAUUCUGCUUUCUGCAGAUCGGUCGUGGCUGCAGGAGAAGCUGCAGGUGGAGAAGCUGCAGCAGAAGACUCAGCUUGCUCUGCAACAUGUGCUGCAGAAGAACCAGAGAGAGGACGAAGUCCUGAACAAGCUCAGAUGUAAGGCGUCAGCGUUGCGUUUGCUGUGCAGUCGACACACGGAGAAGCUGUGCACGUUCAGAGCCGUUUACCCAGACAUCGUUCGAUCGCACUUCCCUCCUCUUUAUAAGGAGCUGUUCGGUGCUGACCUCGAACUGACCCUGCAGAGCAGCGACUGAACUGUGACUGGCACCAAAGCCGGUGUAUCCAGACAGAUUGUGCCCGUUUUCCAUAGACACUGCGGACGGGGCGGCGUCCCACACAGCCGAAGAUGGCGACUGUGCAGCUGCUGUACUUGAUCUCCUGGAAACCUGACACAGACACAAAGAAACCCGAGUUCAUCUUCUCCUCAGUUUGUUUCUCCUCCUCCUCGUCCUCCUCUCGUGUCUGUGAGUUUGCUCUGAGGAGUCAGGUGGUCACAUUAGCCCACGUCAUGUAUCCAGGCUUCUGAACCUGGAUCAGACUCACCUCUAACAGUACUCGCACUGAAACUUGGUUUUUGUUUCUUUUACCUGAUUGUUAAAGCUUUGAGUUUCCUGCGUUUGUUGGAGAGAAUGAUGUUGGAUCCAUUGACUUGUCCACAGACAGUUUUACUUGAUGAUCAAAAGAUUAAAAGGUAGCAAAAAUAAUUUCCUAAUUUUAAUUUGCAAAGUAAAAUUGUUCUUAUCCUUUGUGAGAGUGAGUGCAUAUGAAAAGCACCACAUUCACACAGCUGCUUCUACAACUUUGGAUACUUUUUGGAAAUGUUGUGUUACAUUGAUCAUAGUGUCAGCUGAUAUUAGAGCAAAAUGAUCAAAUAAUCCCAAAGUCCUCUUGAGUUCCAUCCAGUGACAUCAGUUGCACCAUUUUCAGUGCUAUUUAUAACUGAGAAUACUGUAUGAGCCAUUGCUCAGAUACAUAGCACAGCACCACAGCCGUGAUCUCCAGCGUGGAAACAGGAAGCCAGUUCCAAAGUGACAAAAACUGCAGUUCCUUUAAUCACCACUUGAGGCUAGCUCUGAAAGUGAGUCAGUGCAUAGAGACUCGUAUGUUGGAAUGCCAAACUUACAAAACAAUACAAACAUUUAUUUUGGAAUCUGUAGUUGUUGUUUUUUUUUUUAACUCAUCCAUUUGACUUAAAGUCAUUCAAUUCAAUUUUAUUUAUACAGCGCCAAACAAGUCGCCUCAAGACGCUUUAUAUUGUACAGUAGACCCUACAAUAAUACAUACAGAGAAAAACCCAACAAUCAUAUGACCCCUAUGAACAAGCACUUUGGCAACAGUGGGAAGAAAAACUCUCUUUUAACAGGAAGAAACCUCCGGCAGAACCAGGCUCAGGGAGGGGCGGGGCCAUCUGCUGUGAUUGGUUGGGGUGAGAGAAGGAAGACAGGAUAAAGACAUGCUGUGGAAGAGAGACAGAGAUUAAUAACAGAUAUGAUUCAGUGCAGAGAGGUCUAUUAACACAAGUCCCAUGAUGCAUUGAAGAAAUACUCAGUGCAUCAUGGGAAUCCCCCAGCAGCCUAUGCCUAUGACAGCAUAACUAAGGGAGGACUCAGGGUCACGUGAUCCAGCCCUAACUAUAUCCUACUGUCAUGGCUGCUUAAUUGAUGGCUGUCUGCCUUUAUUGAAAUUAUGUGACAAUUGGUAUGUGCUGCUGUGAGGUGCAGACCGUACAAGCUCUGUGCUUUGUUUUUGGUGAGUGAAAUUAUAGUCAUUUAUACAUCUAUUACUAACUAGCAGAUAGCACAUGUGUUUCUGUGCAUUGCAUUCAUAGCAGCUUGCUACCCAAGCUUGCUACCAUCAGCUCAUACCUCAUACUCAGCAAAUAUUGUGACAUCCAUCAUAAAAAAAAAAGGUUCAAAAAAGAUGGGUGGUCGUCCAUCUUUUAUAUACAGUCUAUUAGGCCCACUAAGGAAAUAUCAAAUCAAUAACUGAGAAAAGAAGAAAACUCAAAUGAAUCCAUGUGUUAAACUAAAGUUAAAUUAAAGCUGUUCCUGUUUCUGCAGUGGUCUGGGACCAGUCUGCGUUCGUUUCCAGUGUCUAUGAGGCGCACAGUGCAAAAUCUGGUUCUGUUUGUGUGCCACGAUAUUCAUACUGCCAUCAAAGCAACUCGGUGGUUGUUCACAACACUUUCGAUGAGCUCUUCUCCUUUGAACCCGGGUGAGGUGUUCUGGUGUACAUGUGUGGCCCCCUGUGUAUGCAAACCUUUUAUUUUAUGUUAUUUUUAGCUCAAGCUGUCUGCCGUGUCGAAGAGUUGUAGAGCUUUCACAUCAUGUUGUAUCCGCCCUCUGUGACUGUCAUUAACUCUGUCCUAACUUUCACUGCAGGGCCCAGGGUGGAGCUGAUUCAAUAACACAGGAUAAAUACAGAUUCUGCUUCAUCAGUCACUAUUUCUUUGAAUUUACCUGAAGAUGAGUUGUUUUUUCUUUUUUGUUUUUUUUAAAUCUGCAGUGCUGUCAGCAAGAUUAUAUUGAGGCCUCAUCCCUCCCGAGGCAUCAAAUCCCCAAAGUUCUCUGUUUUAGAUGUUAAUGUUGUGUCUUUUCUUGUAGCCAAGGAGACAAACUAAAUAGUAAACAUGAUGAAGACAGCUGAUUAAUUUUACCCAAUAUAACGAAUGAUUUUUAUCGGUUAAAUUGUGUGUAAUUAAAACACCCAUGCGACAGGUCCUCCUCCCUUCAGCAGCAGAGAUUUAGCAGCCAUAGAUUCAGUCUCUAUGAUUUCACCGUGACCCCCCAUCCUCCCUCGCAUUCACCCAGCCUCCUCCUCCUCAGCUGCCCAUCUGUUGCAUGUGUCCAGGCACCUCCUGCAGAUAUUCACAGCAGUAAAUCUUUAGCACCACCUGGUGGCUGUGACACUGAGGAGCUGUAUAUUUUACUUUGUGUGUGCUUAAAAGCUUUUCACUCUGUUAGAUGCUGGAAAAAGAAUGCAACAUUUAAACUGCAGCUUUUCCCUUCCCUGUAAAGCAAGAAUAUGCAGCAAGCCUCCACUCAGGUUAGCAGACACACUUUACAAAUUACACAGAGGAUUACAAAAGUAAAAACAAAGAAACGAUUAAACAUGUGUUAUCCCUCCUGUAUUUUCAAAAGAAAAAUCAUGUUAACAUGAUUAGAAUUCAACAUAAUAAGAGCAAUACUACAAAAAACAAGCUUUGAGGAGCAAUACUGACCCUGCCUCAUAGGAAGAAACAACAACUAUGCAGUGUGAAGAAAGGGAUGCGUUGCACUAAAGGCAGUCUCUCUACUGCCUAGAGUGUGUGUGUGUGUGUGUGUGUCCACCCCUGUUUAUGGAAUUUUUACCCACGUGCAGCAUCAGAACAGAAGAAGGUCACAGUGAAUGAAUCCACGAGACUUGCUGUCAAACAUCUUCUGUUUGGUUGUUUUUGUGCCUCUUAGGCAGCAAAAACACACCAAUCACAGGUCCCUGACUGUGGAAGUGAGAUCCUCUGAAUCUUAAUAAAAAAACCACAACGCAUGGCUUCAGACUUGAGGAAGUCACAGAUAGCAUUACACCAAAGAGUAGAAGUUACCAAGACUAGUGAUUUUACUUUGGAAACGGGAUGAUUCAACAGUCUCGUUCGAUCUAAUGUUAAUUCUUUCUCUUUUUGUUGUAAGUUCAUUAUAUAUAUAAAUAUUCUUAUUUACAUAUUAAAAGAAAUGUUCUGUAAUACGUACACAAGAUACUGGCAAGUGAAAAAUCCAGGUUUCAGUCUCUGUGAUCAAAGUCACAGGAUUGUCCAACAUCCUCCAGAGCCGAGCUCUACGCCCACAUCACUGAUCUAUGAUUAGUUACAUGUCAGAGGGUUAAUUAUAUUUUUAGUAAUGACCUAGUAAAACUAAAUUUCACCUUAUUUGAAAGAAAACUACCUGGAUGAUGAUCAUCACUGGAUAAUCUGCUAGGUGGUAGGGUCGUCUGUAUGUUUUGUGCUGUAAUUUAAAGAAAUGUAUACGUUUAUAGAAGGCUGAAACAGUGUAGAGAUGCAGAAUCAUACAUCGUUUUUAUUACCUGCACCACCUCCCAGGUGGCUCGGUCUGUGGCCGUUCCUGGUUGAUUCUUUGUCAAGUGUGUCAUCGAAACAUCUAAAAACUGAGAUUAAUGCUGAUACUUCAAAUUUAAUUUGCAAUCUUUACACAAAGUCUGAUAUUUUUGUAGCUCAGGAUGCUUUUCUGUUAAAACAGGAUGUGUUUGUGUUGGUUACAUUUUCAGAAUGUACCUGCUUUACCUGCUGGUCAAGUUUUAUUGUAAAAGCACAUUACAGACGAUUGAUUUUGGUUAAUGGGUCACAAAGCUUGCAGGUUUCUCCACCUACAGACUCAACUCUAUCAUAGUCCUAAUCAUAUCAGUCCACCUAUGUUGGCUGCCAUCCCUGUUGCCAUUGUACAAUCUGCUUCAUCUCAUCACGUCUCAGUCUUUAGCCCAGUAACAGUAAGUAUUUCUAUACCUAACUUUAGCCAUAAAUUAUGUAAAGCAAUAAUGUAAAUCUUGCCAUUUUAUGCUUUGUCUAUUGGUUAGAGUACAAAAAAACAUGUCAAUGCAAAUUUUAAUUGAUAAGUUAGGAGCAGGCCUAGAUAGACUCCACUGUGGACACAGGAGCUAACGGCGAAGUAGUGUUUUUGUUAUCUGGUUGUUAAGUGAUGACGUAUUAACCCUGCUUCCAGGUCCAAGCUCCUACUACGUUCCUCAAGGGUCUUGCCUUUUUAACGUGUUGUGUUACUUUGUAUCUUGUUUUAUUUAAUAUAAAAAAGCCACUAAUAACCCGUAGUCAUUGUGAGCUACUGUGGGGUUGUUUUUUUGUUGUUUGUUUUUUUUUAGUGGCAUUCAUGUGCAGCACCUUUUUAUGCUCAUAUUUAAAAAUGUUACUAUAGCCCAUAAAGCAAUUAUUAUUAAGAAAUAGGUGUUUAAGUUUUAUUAUUGGAACGCUUCAGUCUCUCUGUGCAGAAGAUUUCAACGGGUACAUGAAGCUUAGGAUCAGGAAUUUUCCUCGUGUCUUCCAAACCAGCAUAAUAAAGUGGACAUGAAAUGUAUUAAGGCUAAUUUACACCAUAGAGCCCUACUCUAAAUUAACUUUUAGGGUUGUCCAACUCCAGUCCUCGAAAGCUACCGUCCUGCAGCUUUUAGACGCAUCCUUGUUCCGACACGCCUGAAUCACAUGAAUGGCUUGUUAUCAGGCCUUUGCCAAACUUGAUGCAUGCUGAAGAGGUAAUCCAACCAUCUGAUUCAGCUGCGCUGGAGUAGGGAUAGAGCUAAAAGCUGCAGGACAGCAGCUCUCGAGGACUGGACUUUGACACCCCUGCUGUACGUGAAGCUGGAUUUAAGAAAUACGUGUUUAAGUUUUUAGAGCAUGUUUAGUGCCAUCGUGUGGCAGUACAGAAUGUGACAUUACUGGGUUGGUUGGUUGCAGCUAAUAGACUUACAUUACUUUAUGGUAGAUAACUCAGCAAUCUAAGGGGUCACUUUUGUACUGCCUCUGACUACAACAGUGUGUUUUAUCUUAAAAAACCAAGCAUAUGAUGUCCACUUUUACUCUCUCCCACUGGGUCUUCGUUGUUGGCUAGCUUAGCUGAAACAGGAAAAUCCACCUGUUUGCCAGGAUGUUGGGGUUUGUUGAGCAUUUUAUGAAUGAAAGCAGUGCGGAGGAGAGCUUGUUUGAGUCUGGUUCAUCACGGAUUUGAGUUUAUUGAGCAAUGUAACCAGAUGAUGUCCAAAGAUGUAAUCAGGCCUGUUUUAUACAGUACAGUAGUCUUUCUUUUACUUAGCACAUCAAAGCAGUUUACAGAUAUAACAGCUUACUUACAUGCACAUCAAACCACAAACAUAACUACCCUUCGUACUCAACCCAACAAGGAAAAAUCUCUUGUGUCAGUGCUGUACUGGCACAAAAUGGCACUAAACAUGUGUUUCAGUUUAAUGACUAACCUUGCAGAUGAAUCAGGUGUUCUGGCUCAUUUUCCACGUCUUUUCCCUGCCAUAAGGUUUCCUUUGUCCCUGCCCAUCGGGGACGCUCACAUUAAAUUUAUCGAGGGGAAAAAUGUUGUCAUUCAUCCCCUUUACCUUUACUGUGUUAAUAAUUAUCCUAACUGUAGCUCUGUAGCUAGCCACCAGCUAGCCCAACUUCCAAAACCUUGAAACAUUGCUGCUGUUUAGUUUUCUGUCUUCAUUUAAAUCCAAAGUGACAGAGGAGUCUGAACAUGGUUUAUCAUCUUUAGACGGAGACUAGCGAGCUAACUUCCUGUCAUCUUCAGCUCUAUUUGUAAAUCUUCUUUUUCAUGGAUGUUAAACUUUAUUGUAACCUCUGUUAGAGCAGCCACAGUAAACAUGUCAUUGAAGAUGAACAAAUUUGGACCAUUCUUAACUCUCAGUAUUUGAGUUGGGAAACCAAGGAAGAGUCUGGACCCUGAAAUGGCUAAUGAUGCCAGACUUAAGAGGUGGAUACUUCUUUGAAGUGUGCCACCUGGGCCACAUGCUAGUCGGUGCGUUGUAAUAUGAAUUCUCUGCCGAUGAGUCAACGCAGUCACAAAAAAUGGCCAGCACGCAGAUGUCCUUACUCAGGCUCACUGAUUAAUGAUGAAUCUGACCGUAGCAGACUCACAGACAUGGAGAUUCUUCAUUUACCUAUUGAAUACUUCUGUGUUAUCACUUUACAUUUUUUGUUGUCAUUAUCCAUCACCAAAAUGCAUACCCUCCAUGUCCGCCCCUCGUUCUGUAAGUAACUUCAUCGAUUUUUCUGUACAGGCCAUGAGAAAAUACUGCUAUAGAUGCUGCUGAGCAUCAGUCUUUUUAGAGUACCUGCUGAUUUAUAUGCAUCACAAUGUAUGAUACAUGGUUUGAUAUGCACAGCUCUGUCUUUAGUAACAGUUGUUUUUGUGUUUUUGAAAUGCGUAAGGUGCUAGGUUAACAGGGUCUCGAUUUUACCAGCUUUGCUACAUGUAUGUUUCCUCACAGGGGGACACAUUAAAGGAAACCUGUGUUUUACUGGUCGUUUAUUAUAACUGUCCAACAGUAACAUUUAGACAGGUCGCCAUGUUCAACUUUUUAACUGAUCUAAAUUUUCCGUUCAGUUUAUAUAAUGUGAACUUUCACAAAACUUUCACUGUCAGAAAUAAAAUGUGCAAUCUGACACAUAUUCCUUCUAAGACAUAUGCACCUGUUUACUGUCCUUAGUUGUACAAAAAAUGAAUUUUCCUUUAAAUUAUCAAAUGUAAUUAUGAUUAUGAAAUAUCAUAGUACAGUAACGUUAUUUCCCAGCCUGUACCUGUAUCAGUGUGUUAGGCCUGGGGCUGUCAGUUUCUCAUUUCAACUGGUCAAACAUGACUGCUUUUGAUACAAACAGAGCUGCUGUAUGUGAAAUGUAAAAAAAAAAAAUAAAACUG